UAGAAAGAUUUCCGUAUCCAAUAAGCCCACUUUUAGCCCAAUUUACUAAAGUCGUCUCUCUCUCUUUCUUUCAAUCUGCCAUUCUUAUUUUCACUCCUUUCGUUGAUUUGAAAUUCCAUUUCUUUUUCCUCCCAAACGUUCUCUCUCUAGAAUUCAUGACGGACAAAGGUCGGCCAUUGCCUAAAUUUGGUGAGUGGGAUGUUAAUGAUCCGACAUCAGCUGAGGGUUUCACCGUGAUUUUUAACAAAGCUAGAGAUGAGAAGAAAACAGGCGGCAAACCUGAUUCACCUGGAAAAGUUGAUGCACAUGGCAGGCCUGCAGCAGAUCCUGCCAAGGCACCCCCUAAGAAAUGGCUUUGCUGUAUCCAAAGUCCCCCUGCUGAAUCUUGAGAAGGUUCGUUUAGAAGCCUCGGUUGAAAAACUUCAUAUUAUCCUGUAAUUGUGUUUGCUGUGGCUUCUCAAAUACAAUGAACUUUUCAUGCAGCCUUGAUGGUCCUGCUAAAUUUUAUGCAAUUUCAUGUAAAUCUGAGUGUUGUUGUUGUGGAGGAAGAAAGUAAAGAAGACAAACAUGUAUUGUAUUUAUAUUAUUGAUAUGGUGGUUUUUUAUUAGGGGAUAAAGUUGCUAUUCUGUCUUUGCCUUUGGUGUGAGCUGUAAAGCUUUGCACUGGACAUCAUGUAUAAUUGUGGCUGGUAUAAUUAAUGUAA